GUGGGAUGUAUGCAGUGGACGGCAUACUUUUACUGCGACACCUGAGAUGGCUCGGUCAUGUGAGCCGUAUGGAUUCGACGCGGAUACCGAAACAACGGUCAGCUGAGUAUAGGGAAGCGGCAUGCUGGGAAACCAAAGUUACGUUACCAGGACAUGAUUAAAGUGAGCCUCACACGUUCUAAUCUUGAUUGCAGAUCAUGGGAAUCGAAGGCGGUUGAUCGUGGUGCAUGGCGCGAUCUAAUCACGAAGGCAGUUGCCGAAGUGCGGGAUAAAGCUCUCAUGCAUGCAGAGAAGAAGCGACAAGUGCGGAAGCGGCAAGCACCGAUGAAUUGUACUCCAUCGACAUCGAGUGCAUGGUGCUGUAGAACAUGCGGUCGCGAGUGCCUUAGUCAGGCAGGCCUAGUGAGCCAUGAGAGAGGUCACUCGGGACCACUGCCGAAGCGACGACGGGUCCCGCAGUGAACGUAG